GAAGUAGGAUGAAAACGGAGAAAAGUGCUUGUAAGUUGUAACAGAUUUGACAAAGUUUUUAAAGCAACACAAAGGGCACGAGAAAAAACCCCGUACUUUUUGCGUGCUGUGCUUGUCUUCUUCUUCUUCACACAAAACUACACACUCUUAGGCUGAAUGCGCUCGAGUUUACUUCGCCAAUCACUUCACCUUCUGUGCUUUGCUUUCGUUACUAUCGAAAUCUCAAACGAGUUAACACUAGGUUUCUUGGAAUCUAAGUGAUGAAUUCACAGUUUGUGGUUGACUUGAAUAGCAAGAUGAAUAAUCCAUAUGCUGCAAACCCUGGUGAAGCAACUGUCAUGGGAUUUGAAAUUUUGAAGACAUCUGAUUCCGGAUACAAUAACGUAUACACUUUGACUGAAGAUGAGUCACGAGAUCCACCCGAGGCUCCUCCACAAUUGCAACAAACCUUGCUCAGCUACCCUACUAAUGUCGGUAGUCCUAGUUCUCUUCCGUUGCCCCAGAGCGCAAUUCUUAAUCAUCUUUAUAUUGAGAAUAGAGAGCCUCAAAGAUCUGUGGUGGCUUUGGGAUUCACUCAUCGCUUUCGCGCCAAAUAUGUUACCGCCGUGCUCUACAAGCCAGUUCAAAGAAGGGGAACCACAAGCAUUUGAUGUGCAUAUAGUACCUUCUCUAGAAACCAGUUGAAAGAGGAACCCAGAACAUUUGAUGUGCAUAUUAUGUGGAGUUUAUAUCUGUUGGUUUGUGAUGAUUGAUUGUGUUGACAUGAUAUUUAAAUUAGCAGGAAGUGAUAUUUAUUGGACUUCAAAAUGUCUUUUUUGACAACUUAGAAGCAUAUUUAUCCUUUUUAAAAUGUUAUUAGCAUUUUGAACUUUUUAA